GGCAGCCCCCUCGGUGCUGCUCUCCCCUCUCCGGCUGCUACUAGCAGUCCGGAUGCCACAGCCCUUGGUGUGGCUUUAUUUGCCUCACACCCCUAGCGCCGUGUUUUUGGGGUCUCUGAUCCUUCCAGCUGCGGGCUGUGAGGGGGUGAAGCUGUGGGGAGAAACCCCAGGGCCAGAGGGGGCUCAGGGCUGGCGGCUGCCCCCAGCUCAUCGUCCUGGGUGGUCGCCUGCGGGAGGAGGACCCCAGCCUGCGGUGGGGAGUGGGAGAUGGGAAAACCUCCCAGGACGAAUUGCGGUGGGCAGCACGUCUCGGGAGGGGUGGUUGUGAGUUGAAUGUUCUAAGGCACGAUAACCGUGCUAAAGAAAGCACUGAAGGGGCUAAAUCUGCGUAGGUAGAAGGGAUGGAAUGAAUAAUACUGUGUGAUUUACCUAUUAGAUGCUUAAUAUGCUACUCUAACUUCUGCAGUCCCCUAAUUCACCUCUAUGCCUACUGUGACUGCAAGGUUCUGCUCUAUGCUGCUUUAUUCCAAAGGAAGAAGGUACAGACGGAUCAUCUCCUGAAUCCCCAAGAAGCUGCAGAAACGGCAGUUGUCCUCAGUCCGGCUCCCUGAUGCCACUUCCACUACAGCCUGCUAGCACUUCUGCACACCAUGAAAGUCAAAGUGCAUCCACAGGAAUUGGCCAGCUUGGUACUGCAGGUCAUCAAAUGCCAGCAGUGUGCUUCUGGCCCCGAAACACCAAGUGCCUCAUCCAGGAGGGCCUGAAUGCAGCACCUGCCUCACCUCCUGAAUCCUUAGCCCAUGGAGAUGUCACCGUGCCUCCUGCAUCGCUCCAGUCACUCUCUCAUGUCAAGUACAAGGACUUCAUUCGCUGCCUGCCAGUUUACCUCUCCCAGUACAUCCUGGGGCUUUUGGAUCAAAAAUCCCUUAAAGCUUGUGCUGCUGUGAGUAGAUACUGGACUUUUCUGGUGAAAGAAGUCGAGAGGGAGCAUGUAUGUCAAGGCUUAGUGCAGGAGAAGAUCCGGUAUUUGCAGGGGUUGCGCCCUAGGGGAGCAGUUUCCAACUAUGCUAAAAUAGUCAAUGUGACAAUUCCCCAAUUAAAUGAAGAGGGACACGUCAUUGAAAUGAAACACCACAGCUGUGAAGGUAAAACAAAGGAGAAAGAGGAGGAGGAAGAGGACAAUCUGCAGGCAGCCUAUCAUGAUCUGCAAACUGACACGAUCCAGCUGGAAGAGAGGAAUGUUUUCUGUGGCUCCUACAAUAUUCGUGUCCUCACUGACCGAUCAGACCAAAACAGAGUAAUUCACUACAGCGGUGGAGACUUGGUAGCCAUUGGCUCUACAGAGCGAAAAGUGAGGUUUUUUAAUACAUCAGCAAUGAGAGAAGUGCCACCUCUGCUCUCUGGCCAUGCUGGAAGCAACAAAGCACUGCUCCUUGAUGAGAAGAAGGGGUUUGUUUUUAGUGCAAGCUUCGACCUCAGCAUCAGAUGCUGGGAUAUAUACAGUGGUGCUUGCAUGAAAAUCUUUAAUGGUCACUGUGGGACAAUCAUCUGCUUGGAUGUACAUGAAAGGAGGCUUGUGUCAGGAGCCAGAGAUGGGAUGGUGAAAGUGUGGAACUUGGAUAGUGGGGUAUGUCUCAAGACUCUAAAACACAACGAUGUUGUUUGUGUUGUUAAAAUGGAUGGGAUCCAUGUUGUCAGCGGCUGUGACAGAGGGCUGGUGAAAGUCUGGCUUGCUGAUACAGGUGCUCUGGUCAAAAUAUUGGAAGGGCACCAAGGCCCAGUGAAGUGCUUGUCCUUUGAUCGGUGGCAUCUCGUCACAGGAAGCUCUGAUGGAUACGCCUUGGGAUGGAGCAUGGUGGGAGACCUUAAGAGGUGCCUAACAGCUUUCCGCCACCCAAAGGAAGUUCUGUCUCUGGAGUUUCUCUAUCUCAGAGUUGUCAGUGGCUGUGCUGAUGGAAAGAUUCGUAUAUUUAACUACCUGACUGGAAGCUGCCUGAAAGUGUUGAUGGCCAAUAGCAGAGGGGAACCAAUAUCUUUCUGUGUUGCAGGAAACAGGAUGGUGAUCAAUGCACCCAGUAGCCUGCUGAUGUUCCAGUUUGAGGAUGUCAGGUGGGACUAUACCCUAGCUGCUGACCGAGAGAUGGUGCGGAAGGAAAAGCAGGAGGCCUGUCCUCUGAGCAGAGCACUGUCGCAUUCCCAGCAAACCAAGUGCCACGUUGUCAGCCAGAUGCAUCGCCUCGCUCUGCAGACGCGAGAUGCUGACCAGCUCAUGCUGUCUUGCUUGAUCUGCGACCGCCUGCCAAAACACUGUGGAGUGCCUCAAACUCUCUACAAUGAACUGAAAAAAACAGCAGCUUGCAAGCAACAGGAGCAUUUGCUUGAGAGCACAAGGACUCUCCACGUUCAGGCACAGCAACAGCAGGAGCUUUUCAUUCCUGGUAACCAACAGCCCCAUGCUUUUGCUUUGGGACGGCCAGUGAGAGCAUGUUCAGCAAGGAUCCUGGCAGGUGCUGAUGGCACAUCUGAAUAUGGCACUCCUGUCUGUGUACCUGAACAUCCUGACAUGGCAGAAGCCAUUCUGCAGCACGAAAAGAAAAAGGACUCAUAUUAUUCAGUGUCCUCUUAUAAGUUCCUCUUAACUGUCAACAUGCUGCGGAAGAGCUGCAAGUCAUCCUUUGCCCGCUCCAGUACAAAGCCUCCUAUAGCAACUGAGAAAGCAUGGCAAGCUCCGCUGCAUCAGCAACGACGCCUUGAAAAAAGGCAAAUAUACAUAACCCCUCUGCAGCACAAAAAGGAUCAGACAGCCCGGCUCCAACGUGUGAGAUCUCGCAGUGACUCUCUGACUAUGAAAAGGAUUUCUACACCCUUCGAAACCAAAAUGCUGCAGCUCAAACUGAAAAAUUCUUUGCAUGGACCCACUGUGACUUCCUCCAUUCCUGCUCCAUGCAUUGUACGUCCCAAGACAUGUGGUGGUUUGCUACAGGAAAAGAAAGCUCAUGGUGGUCACGGUAAAGUCACUCCUCUCCCUGAAGAGCGGGGUCAGCUUAGCAAUCCCUGUACAACUUCUGAACUGAUCAAAUCAACACAUGCAAGGAUGGCACAAAUGAAAAAUGAAGCAGUUUACGGGGGAAAGAAGCCCUUCUGUGCAUGUGCUGUCCAGACUGACGGUGGGUUCAGGCUUCUGACAGGAAACCAGAAGGAGGCACAUGAGGUGCCUACUAUAGCUCAGUGUCAGGCAAACCAGGCAAAGCUCUUAGAAGACCAUCAAAAAGCAUGCAAGAAGGCCUGGUUAAGGAAAACUAAAGGCCUACCCGCUGACUCUUUUACUAAGGAGGGGAAGAUAGCUGCUCCUGAACUUGGACCUAAUACUUUUAUCUGAGAUAAUCGAGUAGUCCAACAAACCACUGGUGUCUGGGGCUUCACAAACGUGGCAGCUCCCUUGUGGUGUCCUGCUGAGCCUGCUGUGUCAAGAUCCCUGUGGUUUCUAAAUAAGUAUGAAAGACAUCUCUCUUGUAAGUUUUCCUAAGAAUCAUUGUUGGUACCUUCAUCUCUUUCUCAAGGUAGUGAAUGGAGUGACUCCUGGAUAAAACCACACCUGGGUUUUGUCUUGCUAGACCUGUUGUCACUAUAAACACAGUGCUGUUGUUGGAAAAACUAAUAUACAAAAGACAUGGCUCAGCUGUUUGAAUAGAGAUUUUUAUUGUUCAAGUUUAUAUACACUGACUAGAGUUUAUAAGCUAAAGAAAUAUGGACUUGGAAAAUAAUUGCUGUGUUUAAAACAAAUAGAGGUAGUGGUUUGUAUUCCUUUAUUUCUGUGGAUAAACACCUAAAUGUGCAUGGUUUCUGCUAAUAUUCAGGACCUGAACUGGCUUGAGCUGGGAAGACAAAAUUUUUCCAGUUGUAUAGCUUUGAGCUUUUGGGCCAGUGUACCAGAAGUCUGUUAUUUCCUCGCAUUAGAAGCUUGGGGCAGGAUCCUUCUGCCCGUGGUCAUGUCAUGGGUCCUGGUGGCAGCAGUUCUGGUUUGAGGUGAAUGUCUGUGGGACCCCCAGGCAGCAGGGUGGUGAUUUAAAAACAAACAACAACUAAUGUGUUCUCUGACUUCCAAUUCCUGGGCUUUCUGUCAGACCUUGUUAACAGUGACAAAUAACAGUAGUUGUACCCCCAAAAUUAUAAUGAACGGGUAAAAAGUACUAAGUGCCAGCGUAAAACUACAAGGAUGGCAGAAAGUAAUGAAGAUGGGUGAGUUGGACUGUUGUAAUUGGGUUUGACUGCUGAAAUACUUCAUGGGCAGGGGGUGAGGGAGGGCAGGAGGUUGGCAAUGGGCUGUACUGCAGCGCAGCUGGGCUAUGGCACAGGGAUUAUAAUGGUCUGAAGGGGCUUUGCCUGACUGUAGUUCUCAGACUGGAAGCAGCAAGGACCUCACAAGCCACGGGAUGGCACUUUCUCACAAGAAAUCAGGCAUAAGCCCAGCACAGCCGCUGCCAGAGGCCCUUGGGUACAACUCACUUGGAAGAAAACAUCUCGUAGAGGCAAAAAACUCACAGAAAGAGCAUCUCAUAGAAACACAAAGCUUGUGGAAAGGCUGAUGCCUUUUUAGUCAUGCCAAAGCGAGGAGGAUUAGAGCACUGUCGUCCUGUUUGGAGCCAGGUCAGCAUCUCCCUGUGGGUGCGGGCACUCGGGUGCCUGCAGGGUGCUGCAGCUGGCAGAGGUGGUGUAAAAUCGCUGACGAUGGCAGGGCUGGACCAGGAAUCUCUGUGGUCAGCUUCAGUUCAGCCCGGAAGGUGCAAAGCUGGGCGCUGAGCGCCAGGGAUGCCUUUGAAGAUGUCGUACACGGUGUGUGGGGUCCCUGCUGGAGGUGGCUACGUGCAGGUUUGUUUCGUUUAUUGCAAUUCCCGGCUGAGGCCGACCAACCUUUGUGUUCCCGGCCUUUGGGGACCUGGGGGGGCACCCGGGGGGUGCUGUCGGCAGGAAUGACGGUGUGCAGGGAGCGGCGUGUCUGGGCAGGCAGAGAUAAGGCCAGGCAGAGCGGCAGAAAGCGUUUUGGUAGUUUUGUGGGGGGUUUUUUGGGGGUUAUUUUUUUUUGGUGGUUAACGCGCCCUGCUGCGCGUUACGCUCCUCCCCUGGUGCCUCGCUGCGUUUCUCAGGGUGCUAAUUAAAGAAUUAAGCGUUGGUGGGAACGCAGGGGGCUUCUUAACCGGGCCUGUGUCCUUUACGGCACUGACGCUGCCCGGCGCUGGGCGUUUUUCCUAAAACCUCCGCGUUUCUGCCCCACACGGGGACCGCCCCCCCCGCCCUGUUGCAGGGGCCGGGCCCACACAGGGCCU